CACGGUUUAAAUGAUUGAUUUGUAUUGAUCUCAAAAUAGGCGUGGUUUUAAAAUAGAAUUUGCAAGUCAUCAUUGAAAUUCUGCUUAUUCAGAGGGAAACACGUUAUUGUUACUGGUGAAUUAGGUACAAGAGCUGUUCUCAGUGGAAAAAAAACAAACUGAUCGAUUAAAUAAGUAAAAUGUUCCCAAUAAUUCGUUAUGGAGACGAGGAUAGCAGUUUGAUUAAGAAUGAAUCGAAUAAAAAUGAUAUUUUGGAGUCGUUGAGAAAGAGUGCAAAAAAGAAGAAGGCUGCUAAAAGACUGUUGGAUGAAACAUUGGUUCCUGGUGACAAAGAGAUUUCCACGACAAAAGAAAUUGAUGAUAAUAUCGACACCAAAAAGGUCAAAGUUGAACAAAUAAAAAAUAGUUCUAAUCAACUUCCUGAAAAAAUUGUUAAUAUUGAAAAAAGAGAUUUGAUACAUAGUCCUUAUAAGAAAAAUCAAGAUGUUGAAAGUGUUUCCAGAGUUGGGACGGAAGGGAACAAUAAAUAUGACCCAUUUGAAGUAUUGAAAAUGAGACUGAAAGCUCCGAAGGGUGGUUUGAAUUUUGAAAUGUUUAAAGUUGACCACAAGUUGCCAGAAUGGAUAGAGAAUCCAUAUUGGAUUGAUAUUGAUAUCAACAAUUCAGAGGAUUUUGACUUAACCUGCUUCCAUGAACUGGUGCAAAAAAAUUUGAAGGAAAUGGGGAUAUUCAAACUUUUUCCUGUUCAAACAAGCCUCAUACCUGCCUUGCUUUAUAAUUCCAAAUGUUUCAUGAUCAGUAGACCAAAUGAUAUCUGUGUAUGUUCACCUACAGGCAGUGGAAAGACUUUGGCAUUUGCGAUACCAAUUAUUAACUGUUUGCUUGAAUCACCAAUUAAUGGAACGAGGGCUUUAGUUGUUGUUCCGACAAUUGAACUGGCAAAACAAGUGCAUGGUGUGUUUCUUACAUUGUCCAAGGGUAGUAAUAUUAAGUCUAUUUUAUUGGGUGGAAGCCAAAUUGAAACUGAAAAGUAUUUGCUUUCAAAAAAAUCCAAGUUUGGGUUUGAGAUUUUCCCAGAUGUAAUUGUUACCACACCAGGUAGAUUGGCACACUUUCUCGAAGUCCCAGAUUUACUUCAUCUCAAUAAGCUUAGGUUUCUGGUAAUUGAUGAAGCAGAUCGAAUAUUGGAUGUAAUUAAACAGUCCUGGCUUCAGAAAUUAAGAUAUCAUUUACCUCAAUCUGAGCAAUCAACAGCGGAAAACGCAACACUACAGGAUUUGAUCAAUCCUAAAAGAUCAGUUCAGAAGCUUCUAUUUUCUGCAACAUUAAACACAGAUCCCCAAAGACUAAAAACUCUUAAUUUAUUUCAACCACGUCUGUUUCUUGCUAAACCAGCGACAGAAAAUAGGUCCGUUUCAUUAACUAGUCAAUAUAUAACCCCACCAACAUUGCAUGAACAUACUGUCAUAUGUGAAACUAACAUGAAGCCUUUAAUUGUCAUGGGAUUACUGAUAACACUGAAAGUGAAAAAGGCACUUUGUUUUACUCGAACUGCGGAGUCUACACGUAGACUUCAUCAUUUGAUAAAGGAGUAUUCAAAGUUCAAUAUAUUAAGUAUUCCAUGUUUGGAAUUUUCUUCUCUCCUAACCAAACGAGAGAGAAAACGUACAAUGAAUGAUUUCAAUUCUAAAAAAGAGUGUGUUUUAGUUUGUUCUGAUGCCGUAGCACGUGGCAUUGAUGCAGAAGAUGUCGAAUUAGUGCUUUUGUAUGAUUCUCCAUUGUUUAUAGAAACUUACAUACACAGAGCUGGAAGGGCAUCUCGUGCAGGAAAAGAGGGUUCUGUAUACAGCUUGAUUAAUCCUACAGAAGUGUCUCGUUGUAAGAAAAUAUUUCGAAAAGCUGGUAGACAGUUACCAGACGAAUGUACUGUUGAUAAAGAUACAAUAUCCAGAUUAUCAGUUGAUUAUGAAAAAAUACUUUCAAAUGUUCAAAAUAUUUUGCAAGAUUCAAAAACAUAGAAAAACAAUGAAAUAUUACUCUUAUUGGAAUCAUUUUUCAUUAGACUAUUGGAUUGAUAUAUGAGUAAAUAUGUUAUCAGUGUUCACCUUUCAGCCGUUUUUUGAUUCCUUCAUAUUUUUGGUUUAAAUUGUAGAACAAUCCGCUUUCAAAAUUGCAAAUUUCUAUCUUCGUAUUUCAAAGCGAAAUCUCAAGCCAAAAAUGAAAAUCAUAUUUCUGAAAUGUAAUCAUAAUUACCAUUGCCAAAUUAUUUCUAGA